AUGUCUUUCGUCAAGAGCCAUUUCUAUCCCGGAGCCGAAACUCUCGCAGAAGUCUUCAGCUGCAGCAGCUCCUCUUCUUUCCCGGUGAAGGGUGCCCGCAUUGUCGCCGUGGGUGGGCAGAUAGGCGAGUCUGCGGAAUAUUCACCUUUCACGCCCGACGGUGCCGACGGCUCACAGUUUGAGGGAGGUCAUGCACAGCAGUUUGAAGUUGCCAUGCACAAUGUCGAGCGCGCGCUGGCGGCCGCGUCGCCGCAUUUGACGGCGGAGGAGUUGUGGGCCGGGGUGUUCAACAUGACCUCGUUCCAUGUGGGCGUCGUGUCUCAGGAGGAACAGCUGAAAAUCGGAGCCAGUGCGCGAAAGUAUUUCGGGAAGGGCAACAGCAAACCAGCUUGGGCGGCCAUAUGCGUGGCAGCACUGUUCCCACCAAAGUGUUUGAUUGAAAUCCAGGUUCAGGCUGCUUACAAGGAAGACGCGUGA